AUGGAGAUUGUGAACGUCGACUUCGAGUGGUUCGACCCUCAACCCGCGGUCGAUUUCCACGGCAUUAAAAAUCUUCUGCGACAAUUGUUCGACGCAGAUGCGCAGAUGUUCAAUAUGUCCGAAUUGGCCGACAUGAUUCUUGCGCAACCGACACUGGGCUCAACGGUAAAGGUGGACGGGAACGAGUCGGAUCCGUACGCUUUCCUCAGUGUCUUGAACCUACAGGAGCAUAAGGUGUGUGUGUUGCGCUGGUGCGAGCCCACGAAUGACGCUGACCCAUUGCAGGAUAAACCCGUCAUCAAAGACUUGAUCGCCUACCUCCAGAAAAAAGCCGCUUCCACCCCCUCCCUCGCGCCGCUGUCUCAACUUCUUUCACAAAACCCCAUUCCUCCGAUCGGACUUAUCCUCGCAGAGCGGUUAAUCAAUAUGCCUCCGCAGGUGAUCCCGCCCAUGUACACCAUGCUCCUCGAGGAAAUCACCUGGGCAAUCCAGGACAAUGAACCGUACAACUUUUCGCACUACCUGAUCCUUUCGAAGACGUACGAGGAAGUCGAGUCGAAACUGGAUAUGGAGGAGGCGCGGCCACAGAAGAAAAAGAAGAAGUCGGGAGAGUCGACGCGGCUCUUCUUCCACCCCGAGGACGAGAUCUUGGAGCGCCACGCGGUGUGCAGCGGAUCGUUCGAGCAUACGCACAAGCAUGACGAGGGCCACUCGGAUUCCAAGCGCACGUUCCAGGAACUGGGCAUUCGCACCACCGGAAGCUUGAUCCUGCUGGACGGGGGGAAAUUCGAAGGGGCCGUGAAGGCUGCUUCGGACUACUUCAAGCCUCCCGUUUAG